AUGGCUAGGCUCUCCAAUCCUAUCGGUUUCACUCGCUGGCCCGUGACUAUCCUUACCACCAUAGUCUACCUCGCAAUCGCCGUCGCUCUGAUUGUUAUUCAUACUGGCGUCCCAUCUCCUCCUCAUUCUCCUACCCCAGUACACGGCGUAAACCUGACGGAAGCAUGGAACGAUUUGCAGCUCCUCACCUCCGCCCGCCAUCCCUAUAACACCCACCACAACGAUCAGGUCCACGACUGGCUUCUGUCUCGAAUCGAGUCCAUUCUGAAAGCGAACGCUGCUGCCUCCUCGUACUCCUCGGCAAGCUCUCCUGCCGCCUAUAUCUUCGAAGACAAUACGUCCAACUUGACUUACUCAUCAGGUGGAAUACCGCGUGCAGCUGGAGUGAGCGUCUACUUUGAGGGUACGAACCUUAUAGUCUACAUCCGGGGCACUGAAGACGAUCCAGCAGAGUGGUGGCUAGACUCACACGCAAAGCCUUCUGCCCGCAAUGCUGUACUUGUGAAUGCUCACUAUGACAGCGUAUCAACAGGCUUUGGGUCUACAGAUGAUGGUGUUGGAGUUGUUUGUGUCCUUCAGCUGGUGAAGUAUUUCAGCACACCGGGAAAUAAACCAAAGAAUGGCGUGGUUCUUCUCUUGAACAACGGCGAAGAGGAUUUUCUCAAUGGAGCCAGCGUUUUCGCACAGCACCCGAUGUCGAAGGUGGUCAGCACCUUUCUCAAUCUCGAAGGUGCUGGGGCUGGUGGGAGAGCUGCUCUUUUCCGAAGUACCGACGACGCUGUGACGAAAGCAUAUGCUCACUCGAAGUAUCCAUUCGGUUCUUCUACCUCCGCAGACGGGUUCAACCGGGGCCUCGUUCGCAGUCAGACAGAUUAUGUGGUCUUCAAUGGGAAACUCGGGUACCGUGGACUGGAUGUUGCUUUCAUCGGACCACGAGCGCGAUACCAUACCGAUCAAGAUGACUCUCGUCAUACCGGUAAAGCCUCUCUCUGGCAUAUGCUGUCAGCGGCGGUGGCUACAACGAAAGCCUUGACGUCUGCUUCAUUGACGACAAACCUUGAACCAGGACAUACACCUGGGAGUACUGCUCUGUGGUUUGACGUCUUUGGUCGAGCUUUUGCAGUCUUGCAAGCCCACACGUUCUUUGCCCUUUCCGUAACACUGCUGGUUGCAGGGCCUAUCAUCCUUCUUCUCACGCUGGUGCUACUUUACCGUGUCGACAAAUUCUACCUCUUCUCCGGGUCGAGAGAGUAUCAUAUGGCGGACGGAGACGACAAAGUCUCCCUAUAUGGCUGGCGUGGGUUCUUCCGCUUCCCCCUGAUACUGCUUGUGGCCUGUGCAGCUCCAAUUGCCCUAGCCUAUCUUCUCAUGAAGGAGAAUCAAUACAUUGCCCAUAGCAGUGAGUGGGCGGUAUGGAGCAUGAUGAUCUCGUCUUUUGUCUUCGUGGCAUGGUUCUUGUGUCGAAUGGCGGAUUUCGGAAGACCUUCAUCUUUGACCCGUGCGUACGGGCUGUCUUGGAUGUGGCUAGCAUGGUGGGUGCUCCUGGUGGUUGCCACCGUUUUCGAGGAGCACCUGCAUCUGGUGGGCGUGUAUUUUGUCCUCAUAUACGCAGGUACUCUCUUCCUAGGCACAUGGUUAGCCUACCUCGAACUCUUUUCGCUGCCGACGAAAUCAAAGUAUUGUCGCGGCAAGGUAGGAGAGGAAUCCUCCACGACGCCCUCCCGCAGUAGCUCGAGGGCGAGAUAUGGCACCUCUACAACCGGGCAAGAAGAGGGCGACGAGCACGCUGAAAAUAACGAAGAAGAGCCGACAGAGAGAUCCAGGCUAUUGAGAAGCGGAGGACGUUCAACCUUCAAAGGGUAUCAUCCCGAAGAAACUGAAGCCAGCCCCGCUGCCAAAAUCAAGGACGAAAAGAGUGGUCUGCCCGAAGAACAAGAAUGGAGCAAAACUCAAUGGACUUCGAUGUGGCUGCUACAAAUGCUUGUGGUCGUGCCCAUCAACCUCAUCAUCAUCGGCCAGCUAGGUUUACUCACCACCGAGGGCCUCCACCAAACCGGUCAGGAUGGAAGUUCGAUGUUCUUGGUCUACAUCAUGAUUGCUGUUGUCACUAUACUACUUCUCUCUCCCAUGGUUCCCUUUCUACAUCGGUUCACCUGGCACGUACCGAGCUUUCUCCUCCUGGUGCUGAUAGGCACUUUGGUUUACAACCUGACGGCGUUCCCAUUCUCGGCGGAUAAUAGGUUGAAGCUCUUCUUCGUUCAGCAAGUCGACCUCGAUAGAGGAAACAACUCAGUCUCACUGGCUGGCGCACCUCCAUUCGUUCGUGAUGCCAUCGCCGACCUACCAAGUGCCGCAGGGAAGGAGCUCGAGUGCACGCCAUAUGGGCCGAACAAUAACCUCGAAAGAUGCACCUGGACUGGAAUACCUCCCAAUGUGGCGAAUCCAAGCUCGACAAUACCGCCAGAGAAGCAAUACGAGAGCUGGAUGAACUUCAAUGUCACCAAGCUGAAUGACAGUGACAGCGAGAACGCCGCCCGUUUCGUGGUCUACGGCAAAGAUACACGGGCAUGCAAAAUCACGUUUGACUCACCAAUUGACGCGUUUCAAGUCCAAGGCCAGGCGUCGAAGGACAAGAGAUUCCCUCCCGUGCCCGAAGGCGGAAGCAAUGAGAUCCGCCUGUGGUCCCGAACCUGGGACCGUGCAUGGACGGUUGAGGUUUCAUGGGCUGGUCCUGGUUCGGACUAUGAUGGCAACAGUGAGAAGAUGGCCAAAGGCAAUGGCACGAUGACCGGGACGGUCAUGUGUCUGUGGAGCGAUGUGAAUCAAGUUGGAGUCAUUCCCGCGUUCGACGAGGCUAUACACUACGCGCCGGAGUGGGUGGCCAUUACGAAGGCGAGCGAUGGCUUGGUCGAGGGGUAUAAGACAUUCAAGGUGUAA